AUGUCGAAAUCUAAUGGAAUAAAAAAUGGGGAACCUGAGAAGCAGUCGAAUCGCAGCUACAGUAUGGGGAACAUGCUGAACAAGUCCAGCGCGGAUUCCGUCCUGGAUUCAGAUCAGAAAUCAGCCAAACUUGAAACAUUCCAAAACCAAUCACUCAGCGAUGCUCAAAGACAAUCGUCUAAGACCGGAGAUACCGGGUCGGUUCAGCAAACUGCCUCAGUCAACGCAAGCACACCUCGUCGCCGAGCCUCCUCGGACGCCACCAAGAACGGUGAAGAGAUGCCUGUGUAUAUGCGUGUGUCCGAUCCGGAUUGUGAUGCCGGUAUUCGCCGGUUCGGUCAUUUCCCAAUCAUGCGAGAAGAUGAACUGCCUGGGGCCGAUUUGGACAAAAACUCACUGGAAAGGAACAAUGUGGUAUAUCUACUUACAGACAGUUUGGAUGGGACCAAUGAUUCCGGGGUCGACAGUCCAGGGGAUUCCAGUGACAUGAAAGCUGAAUCCGAGGGACCCAAACAGAACAGCAUUGUCACCAUCUUUUCUAUUUGGAACACAAUGAUGGGAACAUCCAUUCUGGCAAUGCCGUGGGCUUUGAAAGAGGCCGGAUUCGGAUUUGGCAUCUUCUUGAUUUUGUUUGUUGCAGGCAUUGCCUGCUACACUGCGUACUUGACCAUCAAAACGACCGACGAUCUACGAAUUAUCAAGAAGAUAAGCAAAAAUACCUUCCUCGAUCUGACAGACGCGUGCGAGUAUCACUUGGGCAAAGCGGGUCGUAUCAUUUCUCUUGUAUUCUCCCAGAUCUCUUUGCUCGGGGCCAUGAUAGUCUACUAUGUGUUGCUGAGCAACUUCCUUUACAAUACUGGGGAUUUUAUCUAUCGUAAGUACAUCUGA